AUGGCAGCCACAGACGCUGCUGCUGAUGUGGCCGACGAUGAAGAUGAUGCCGACGGUCGCCCAGUUCCCGACCCUCUCACCGGCCUAGACUUCCUACGAACGGUCUUACUGAAGCAUGGGACACCGCCUGCGUCACCGUCGCAACCCACCUCGAGGAGCCCUUCGAUUCCCAGGGUCUCUGCACCUCUGCACGAGGUCAUCACUGAACUAGUCACCGCUGCGCAACAGACGGUGCCCCAUGAGGCGUCUGUCGAAGCACCUUCCCGUCCCGCGCCACCGACGAAGCUGCGGUACCGCCAGACCACGUUUCCGUGGGCAACUCCACCUCCUCCAUCGACCGUUGAAACUCCAGUGAGCGAAGAGUCUCCCAUGCAGGACAGCUCGAAGCCCAAGUUCGACAGCUUUGAGCUGAAAUACGAAGAAGCUCAUGAGCGUUUCAAGACUAGGUGGUCCACCGAUUAUUCAUGGUUGAUUCUUACUAAAACCUCUUCUGGUGCCCCUUCUUUCAAGUGCAGUAUUUGCUUGGAGUUUGCGGGCUUGACUGGCAAGUGUGGACGACGUGGCGAGGGCGCGACCGACGUGCAGACACUGUCCUUCAAGAAGCACGAAGGGACUGUGAAGCACCGAUUUGAUUUGAAACGGCAGGAGGAUCUGCUGCAGAAGUACGGGCGACAGCAGCGCAUCGACAUGCACCCGAAGGCGCAGGACAAGGAGCUGCUGCAGGUUUCGUCGCUCGUGAACUCACUGUACCUCAUGGGGAAGUGCAACGAGCCCAUGGACUCGUGGAUCCGGCUGGUGCGCUACCUGGCGAAGAAGAAGGUGCCCGGGUUUCCCGAGCAGGGGUACGGCACGUACUACAACACGGAGGCGUUGGCUGCCGAAGCCGCGGCAGAGGCGAUUCCAACCUUCAACAUGGUUGACGACGUGAUCCACGCCGUCGCAGAGUAUCUCGGGCGGUCGUCACCAUGGCAUCAGCAGUUCAUGGAGCUGCAGGAGGUGUUCACGUCGACCAACCUCGAGGUGCAAGGGAUUUGCGACGUGCGGUGGCUUUCAAGAGGUGCUGCAGUCGCACGCUUUGUCCAAGUCCUUCCCGCCGUCAUGGUGAUGUUGUCGGAGUGGAAGGACCAGACCAUGUACGAGCUCGUGACGUCGUACAGGUUCCAGUUCCUGAUCAGGUUCCUCGCGGACCUUCUCGAGCAGCUCAACGUCCUCUCGUCGGUUUUCCAGAAGCGGGAGCUCGACUACGCGUUGGUGCACACCCAGAUUGUGCGCACAACCUCCUUGUUGGAGAGCCGGUACAUCGAUUGUGGUGAUGACUUCGGGGGGGGGUCCAACGAGAGGCUGUACCGCUUCAUUGAGAAGCAUGGUCCGACGGAGUCACCAGAAACGGUGGUUGAAGGAGCAUCGUCGGACGACAGUCUCAACCGCUUCAAGAUUACCCUUCAUGAGCGCACCAACCCGAACUAUCGUGUGCCGGGUCAUCACCACGCCUGCGUGGCGCUCUGCACCGACAUGGCCGAGCUUGUCGUCGAGAACCUCCAGUCAAAGCUAGGCGACCUUGACUCUCUUUCCGGAAUGAGACUGUUUAUUCCGGAAGGAUGGCAACCAAACUGGGACCGGGAUGCACGGCAGGCACAGUGCCAGGAGUGGUUGUUGUCGCUUGUGACGUUGUUCCGCGCAGAUGAGUCCGACGAGAUCCUACCAAGUCAGUUACCCUAUGUGUUACCCUGUUCCCCUUAG